AGUAAAGAUUUUGUUAGGAAAGUAUUUCUGGUUUGAUAAAUAUUGAAUGAAACUUAAUUUAAUGGUUUAGUCAUUUGAUUACGAUUAAGUAAUAGAGACGUUGAAUUAAGGUAUAUGUAACUUUUAUAAAUAGGUAUUAAGAAUUACCUUACAAUAUACAGCCGACAAGUUGUCAAUCUGUCAAAGUGUCUAUGUUAUGUGUAAAUCAUUUCCAUUUAAAAUUUUAGUUAAAUAGUUUUUAACUAAGGUUUUCAAUGAACGGUGAAAAGCGAAAUGCUCGUGGAAGAGGUCGGGGACGUGGCCGAGGAAGAGGACGAGGCAGAGGUCGAGGUAGAGGUAAAAAGGUACCAAAAGUAAUGUCGUCUGAUGAAGAAGAAUGCUCAGUGGAGGAAACUACUCAAGACCCAGAAGACACCGUGCCUGAAGAAAUUAAAGAAGAACCUGAGCCGGCCGAUCCAGUCAAAUUGGAAGUUCCCUCAGACAUAUCUCAAUUAGAAGCGCCGGUAUUUACAACACUUCAACGAGGACCUCCAGAGCCAAUGCUAAGAUUGGAUUGGAGUCACAGAGCAACACUCAUUGGAGAGAAAGUCCUAAAUCCUAUGAUAUAUUGUUGUGAUAUUUGCUCAAAACCUAUCCUUAUUUAUGGAAGAAUGAUACCAUGUAAGCAUGUUUUCUGCUUAUCAUGUGCUAGAUCGGAUCACACACACUGUCCACGCUGCAGAGAAAAGGUACUAAGAGUGGAACAAACAGGUCUUGGGACUGUUUUUAUGUGUACUCAUUCAGGAACAAGAUAUGGCAACACAGGCUGUAGGAGGACUUAUUUGUCACAGAGAGAUCUUCAAGCCCAUAUCAACCAUAGGCACGUGUCGUCAGGUGGUGCUGAAAGCAAGCAGGAACCAGACCCGCCACCACCAUCUGUUGCAAUUGUCAAACCGCUAUCGGUCUCCGGAGGCAGUGGUGAUCCCCGUGCACAUUCUCUGGCGCACGCCACAGCAGAGCGACCUCGUGGAGCGCGCACUAAUCUCAUAACCGUGCCCAUACAUGAUCAAUCCGAGUCUCACAACUACUACAACUAUUACCAGAGCCCGCAGCCCGUGCCGCCGCCUGCGCUGCCGGCCACGUCGGUGGCGGUAUUGCCGCACGCGCACGCACACGCAUUGUCCGUGCCGCCGCCCUACUACCCCGCACCGCCCUACUCCGCACCGCCCUCGCCCUACGUGCAACCCGGUGGAACUAUGACAACAAAUGUAGCAGGCGUCUCGCCCAUGGCGUCUGCCGUUCCGAUAGCACCCGUUAAUCCAAUGCCAGAGACGAGUCGCUGGCCUGAAGCUAGCUACCAACAGUCUAGCGUUCCAGUACAACAGUGGCCACCGCAAAACCAACAUCACUACUAUAGGUAGCACCUGCACCUUCGGCGGUAGUGGAGGAACUAUGAGAAAAUCAAAAACAUUAAUUUGUUGAAAUAAAGUUAGUUUUUGCAAUAAGUGAUCAUAUAAAUGAACCACUCAGUGAAAAUUGAUUCUCUCUUAAACUGUUACUUCGGUAAUAUGCAAGUUAUAGAUGUAAUAUUUUUUAUUCUGUGUUAUUAUUCGAAAAUGUUCCCUUAAAACAUAUAUUUUGUAUUGAUCUUAGAGGUUUAUUUAAAUACGGUUGUUUAUUAUACAAUAUUUGCAGAGUAAUAUUUUCGGUUACUUAUGUAAUACUGCUAUCCAGUAGCAAAGAAACGAUGUCGACUAUUAAUUAUGUUUAAAGCAGAUGUUUUGAUGCAUAUUCAAUAUGUAUUUUUUAAAUACAAGUUCUACCUUUAAUGUAGAUUAGAUUUGUCCAUGGUCGAAAUUUGAACAUAAAUAAUUAUGUAUUAAAAAUAUGAGGAAAUCAUAUAAAUUUAAAUGUUUCGAGAAAUUUUUCGAAAGGUAUUAUUAACAGUUUUGUCUUUGCGUAUUUAUAUACAGGGCCAUCUUUAACCUAUUGGAGACCUCGGGAACAUUAGGAUACUACAAACCCCACCCCUCCUAUGACCGUGACAUUAAAAUAUUUUUUUCGGUAAUGAGUAUACGUUAUUGUUUAGUGUUCUGGCAGGAGGCCCCUAUAGAUCACGGGGCAUGUGCCUGUGCAGUGGGAAAGAGGGUUCUGUUCAUAUAUAGAUAUUUUAUAACCUUUUCGUACAUAGCAUGAAAAAAAUAAAAAACACAUCU